AUGGACCGCGACGACCGCGCCCCCGCCCCCAGCCACGACCCCGUCAAGCACGAGGGCGAGGCCGACAUGCCCUCCACCUCCGACUUUGUCAAGAAGCUCUACAAGAUGCUCGAGGACACGUCCUGGUCCCACGUCGUCUCCUGGGGCCCCCACGGCGACUGCUUCGUCGUCAAGGACAUGAACGAGUUCACAAAGUCCAUCCUCCCCCGCAUGUUCAAGCACUCCAACUUUGCCUCCUUCGUCCGCCAGCUCAACAAGUACGACUUUCACAAGGUGAAAAACUCGGACGACAACCAGUUUGGCGAACACAGCUGGACCUUCCGCCAUCCCGACUUCCACGUCGACCGCCGCGACGCCCUCGAGAACAUCAAGCGCAAAGUCCCCGCCGCACGCAAGUCCGCCGCCCACACAAACUCCCCCACCCCGCCCAGCGCCUCCGUCGAGGCCCUCCAGGCCCGCCUCGACCAGAUGGCCCGCGACCAGGAGGAGCUCGUCGCCCACGUCCGCAACCUCGAGAGCAACUACCAGAGCGUCCUCACCGAGAUGGUCAACUUUCAGCGGAACAUGGCGCAGCAGGACGGGUUGAUGCAGAACUUGAUACAGUACUUUUUGCAGCUCGAGAAUGGCAAGAUCAAGGCCGAAGAGCUUUCUUCCGCGCAGAACCCGCCCUCUGCGCCCGGCGGCGGCGGGCCCUCCGCACAGGCGCAAACCGUGCAGGACGUGAACCACCCGUUCCUCCCCGCGACGGAGACGCAGCGCAUGAUGGCCGGCUUCCCCGACGGCGACAUCGCGCGCGCGAGCCUCGCGCAGAUGAACGAGAUCUCGCGCAGGGCGGAGGUCGCGGGCAUGAGCUUCGCGAUGCCGCCCCCGCAGAGUACGUCCGGCUCCGCGUCCGGCUCCGGCGCCAGUGGAAGUAGCAGGGGUCAGCAGCAACCGCAGCAGCAGCAGCAGCAGGACGCGACGGCGCGGAUCGCUGCGGCGGUGAAUGGGCUGGGCAUGGGCGAGGGCAUCGUCAGGCCGAUGAGCCGCCAGGAUGCCCUCGCGCGUAUCGAAGAGCUCACUCGCCAGAGGCCCGCAAGCGCACAGGGCCAGGCAGCCCUCGCGCAGGCGCAGGCCGCCAUCGCCCAAGCGGCCUCGCAGAGCGGCGGCGGCGCGUCCUCGUCCUCCUCUGGCAGCCAGCAGCAAGGCUCGUCCAGCGCAGCGCAGGGCGACGCGUCUGCGUUCGGUGGCGCUGAGUUCUCCUUCAACAACGGCGGGCUGAGCCUGAACUACCCGCAGAGCGUGAUGACGCACGAGGGCCUGCAGGUGUUCACCGUGGGGCACCUCCUGCCGAAGAGCACGCUCGAGGACGAGAACGGGAACUGGGCGUUCGACGCGCAAGCACUCAACUCGGUCGACGCGCAGGCGCUCAACUCGGUCGUCAUGCCCACGCCGCAGGGCAUGGGCUGCGACCCCGAGCAGGAGGACGAGGGCAACACGAAGGCGCCGUACAGCAUUGGCGCGGCGGCGUCCGCGAUCGAUUCGGCGUCGGCGGCGGCGGGCGCGGGUCCCAGCACGACCCAGGUGUCGCCGAGCGGCCGCCCGGGCAGCGCGCAGACGCUGAGGGUGCGCAGGAGCACGUAUGUGCCUGGGUGGGCGGUGCCCCCGCGGGUGCUCCUCGUGGACGACGAUGCGGUCAGCAGAAGGCUGAGCAGCAAGUUCCUGCAGGUGUUUGGGUGCACGAUCGAUGUGGCGGUGGACGGCGUUGGCGCGGUGAACAAGAUGAACCUGGAGAAGUACGAUCUCGUGCUCAUGGACAUUGUGAUGCCGAAGCUGGACGGCGUGUCCGCGACGUCGCUCAUCCGCCAGUUCGACCACAUGACGCCGAUCAUCAGCAUGACGUCGAACAGCAAGCCGAACGAGAUCAUCAAGUACUACUCGUCGGGGAUGAACGACGUGCUCCCGAAGCCGUUCACGCGCGACGGGCUGCUCGACAUGCUCGAGAAGCACCUCAUGCACCUCAAGGUGAUCCAGACGAUGUCGAAGGUGCCGCGCUCCGUCGGGAUCCCGCCGCUCUCGGACGCGUCGUUCGACCAGGCGCUCCAGAUGCAGGCGAGCGCGAUGCAGGGCGCCGCGCUCGCGCUCAGCGGGCUCGCCGGCGGCGAGGACGACGGGAAGAUCAACCCGCUCGCGGGCAUGGGCCUCACGGACGACCAGUACACGAUGAUCCUCCAGAACCUCGUCAACGGCGAGAGCUUCACGGGCGUCGGCUCGCUCGAUGGCUCGCUCGACGGCAUGAGCGGCGGCGUCAAGCGCGGGCUCGACGACGGCAGCGACGGGCGCGAGCCGAAGCGGAGCCGCGUCGAGGCGAGCCGCUUUGAGGUCGUCGAGUGA